GUGUCAUCAUGUGCGACCUCGACAGAUGGGACACAUUUACAUUCUUUAUGCUAGAUCUCUUAUUGCACUGUUUUGGGUAACUAUACGAAGUCAAGCUGCAGCUGAUAGCAGAGAAAGAGGGCCGGUUGUUGACCAGCCUUACUGUCUACUAAAGGUCCCUGAUUAGCAUCUCUCAUUAUUCAUGCCAUCCUAUUUCGGAGAACCCUAACAAGCCUUAUCUGUGUAACCAAUACUCACUUUCAUGAAAUGAUGCCUUGGAUCGGGUAGCUACUUUAUUUCCUUCUUAAGAUAUUCACCCCAUCGCGUUUCCCUCUUAUAGGGUUACCUCUCUGCAUCUCCCCUGCAGGUUUCUCAGAGGUUUUUGGCCUGGAGAUCUGGAUUUGCUGUGAAUUAUUUACAGGAGAAGUUUAUUUAUUGGGGCUGAUGGGCGUAGCUCAAUACCUGGUAGCUGGUCCUUGUUUUCUUUGGCCGCCGUGUGUCACACAGAGGGAUGCUGUCUCAGGACUCGACUGGUGCUUUCUAGGAGGUUGCGGUUCCUCGUGCUGCCUGCUUGUAUCUCGCCAGUUGGGUUUAACUUUUCAAAUGUGCAAGGAGCUCUCACAGCUCUUGACUUCUCCUGAAGGUGGCAGAGAUGACAGGGGAAAACUCAGCGGCCAUCAGGCUGCUCUACGAAGAGCUUCUCUUUUACACGGCCUGCGUUUGCCAUUGCUGGUGUGUGUGUCUGUGUGUGUGCGUGUGCCGGGAAGGCAGAGUGUAUAGGAGAGGAGGUGGCGCUGGAGGUGGAGGUGGCAUGCGUACGGGCAGCAGCAGCAUCAGCAGCUGGAGGUGGCAGCUCUCCCGGACCAUGAGGCUCGCUCUGCGCUGGUGCCGGCAGAGAGGAGGCCGAGGCGGGUCGACCAAGCCGUGGAUCAGCGGCCGGACUCUGGAGCUGUGGAGCUACAGCAAGCUGCUGCUCAAGUCACUGUACUUCAACAGCCUCACCAACGCGGACACUCUGCUGGACUGCGCGUUUGAGCCCGUCUACUGGAUCGUGGACAAUGUGACCCGCUGGUUCGGAGUGGUGUUCGUCUGCCUCGUCGUACUGCUGACAACCACAGUUGUGGUCAUCGUCUACCUGUUCGUCCUACCCACAAUUCUCAGCACCUACCCUUUGUACUGGAUCGUCUGGCACCUUAGCUGUGGCCACUGGCUUCUCAUCAUGGUGGUCUUCCAUUACUACAAGGCCACCACCACCUCUCCAGGACACUCGCCCAAGGACAAAAUUCAUAUUCCCUCAGUGUCCAUCUGCAAGAAAUGCAUCACUCCAAAACCGCCCAGGACGCACCACUGCAGCAUCUGCAACACCUGUGUUUUGAAGAUGGACCACCACUGUCCCUGGUUGAAUAACUGUGUGGGCCACUUCAACCACCGCUACUUCUUCUCCUUUUGCCUCUACAUGACACUAGGCUGCCUCUACUGCAGCAUCAGCAGCAAAGCCUUGUUUCUGGAGGCCUACGAUGCCAUAGAGAGAUACUACCAGACCCCUCCUCCAACCGACGCCUACACUGAGACCACUGCUCAAAAGUGUGUCAUCUUCCUCUGGGUCCUGACCAGCACGGUGUCUGUAGCUCUUGGAGGACUCUCCCUUUGGCACAGCAUCCUCAUCAGCAGAGGAGAGACCAGCGUGGAGCGUCACAUCAACAACAAAGAGACCAGAAGACUCCGGGAGAAGGGCAAGGUGUUCAAAAAUCCAUAUCAUCAUGGUACAAUGAACAACUGGAAGUUACUGUUGGGUGUGGAAAAAAGGAGUCACUGGUUCACGCGGGUCCUCUUGCCCUCCGGCCAUCUUCCCAACAGUGACGGCAUCAUGUGGGACUUUACCUUCACCAGAACAGACCCCAUGGCCAUCUGAUCCUUUCCUCCAAACCAUAAACAAAAAACCUGCAUUUACACUAGAAAACAACGUGACUGAUCGGGACAAAGAAGAGAAGCUCCUGCUGCUACAAUCGUACAACAAGGAAAACGAAGCUUUGUAGUUUCACAAAUAGACACAGGUUUUUUGCCGUGUUAUUUGCACUGUUAAAAGUGGGAACUGAAUGGAAAUAAGAACUAGUGAUUUAUCAUGUUAGGAUUCAUCAUCAUUUCCCAGCCGUCUCUGGUCCACUGAAGGUCUAACUGUAGACCUCUCCACCAGCCGAGGUCGCAGCGCUAAUUAGAUUUAUAAAUGGUGCUGCUGGACAGCACAGUUGUAAAGACGACAACGUUCUCCCGACCAUCCGUGAAGACACCAAAAAUACUUUCUGUGCAUCUCUUUGACUGAAAAUCACUACAGUAUGGGAAGCAUUGGAGAACACCAUAGUCUGCAGUUACGCACAUUUAAAGGUGCUACAUGUCACGUCUUAAAACGUUAACACAGCACAUUGUAAACUAAAAUGAUUUUAAGCCGUCAUUACCCUUUUUCAGUUGUAUUGUCAAUGCUUUCAAAUAUGAGACGGAGGUAAAUGUGAGUGUUUUGCUUUCCAUUUGACUUCUCAGAGAAGGUCUCAUUUGUUUACACUCUUUUAAUGUGCCAGCGCUAAAGUGCUAGUUUGGGUCUUUUGAAGUAGGGUUGUAUGAGGUACUUACCCAUAGUCAGUGUGCUACCUUCAACAGGAUGACUUGUCGGCAGGCCCCAUUUUGGAGAAGCAGACAUGAGUACAGAAACAGCAGCAACAUGUAUUUUGGCCACCUUAAAUGAAGGCUAAUCUGAAAAAAAACAAACUGUGUACACUACAUUUAGAACAUUUUUUCCAGUUUAAUUUGCCAUGAGACAGCCGUUUCCAACAGGGUAACCGAAGCCUUUAUAUCCAUCUUUGCUCUCGCCAAAGCCACCAGACUCCAUUGGGGGUAAAAAACAGUUAUUUUACCCUGCAGAACAUGGGUGUUGCUGAUCUAAUGCUGUCUCAAUCGGUUACUUUCUUUGUGUUAUUGUGUGACUUUGGUUAGUUUUGAUUCACCAAAGUCACACAAUAACACCAACAAACUAACGGAACAAGGCAGCCGUAGACCAGCAACCCCUGUGUUCUGCAAGGUCAAAGGUUAAGGCUUUUUUUUUUUUUUUUUUUUUAACAGUCUGGUAGCUUUUGUAGAGAUUAUAUAUAACAGUUCCAGCUCCCUGUCAGAUACAUAGACCGUAUAGCUGUCUCAGGGCAAGGUAAACUGGAGAAAACAUUCUAAAUACAGCACACACUUCAACUGGAAUUGCUUUUUUCAAAGUAAGCUUUUGUUUUGGUGCCGACCACCAUCUACUGUAGGUAAUGCACCGACUAUUGAGAAGUACCUCAUGCCAGCCCACUUCAAAACAGCCAAGCUACCCCUUUAAUGUGCUCACGGUUUAUUGAUGAUGAAAUGCAAAAUCUAGCACCAUUAAUAACUGACACCAUGUUGAUCCCUGACUUCAUGUUAACCCAGAGAUCUGAGCCCAGACCUCGUCUUUUAGUUUCUCUUGUACAUGUUGUCCAUAAUAACUGUGUUUUGUAUGUCUUGGGCUGAGGUAAAAUCCAAGUGUUUCUUAAUGUCGUCAGAUGAAAACAGAUUUUGAAAGAUAAUUUUUCAUUUUGGUCCUAAUUUCAAUAAUAUUCAUGUUUUAAGGUUUACUACUGAUAAAGAAAUAGUUGUGUGCCUUGUUUGUUCCGUAUUUAAAACGAGUCACUUUAAAUAAGUAAAUCCGGCACUGUGAAAUACCAGAUUUUUAAUUCCCUUUCAGAUUUUUGACCGCAACAUGUUUGUACCAUUGACUUAAUGAUGGAUGGGUUGGAUCUUUAGUUGCCAUAGAAACAUGAUGUACAGCUGUGAUAUCAUGUGUAACCAAUGGGAGCAGAGCUCCAGUUUGAUUUAUUGUCUUUUUUUAAUAAAAAACCUGUUUGA